AUGACACAGCGAGUUGGAAUUGGUCGUGCGGGAAGGGCACAUGGCGAAAACAUAUUUGGCAAUCCACCUACAAUUGAUGAACUUUUGCGAACACCAUUCGAUUCAUCAAACCAACAUUCAAUCGAGUCGAACACAAACGAUUUUGGAGCUUUGACCAAUGAUGUAAGUUCAAAUACGAUCAUUCCGGAUCCUGAUAUCACUCAUGAAACUACGGUUCAAGAUCAAACCUUGAAUGAGGAGUAUGAAAUAUUUGAGAGUCAACUUUUAUCGCGCGACGAGACUUCCUAUGAAAGUAGAUGGUCCCAAGAUGUAAGCUGUUUAUAUCCUAAUUCAACACAAAUCAAUCGAUCAAACCAAAACCCAAACCUUUCAAAAAUCGAAGAAAGUUUUUCUGAAUCGAUAGUAUAUAAUCCACCAGAAUGGCAUUUCGAAUCAAGAAAUUGUACAAAAUUCAAUAAACUAAAUGAUUAUCAUCAUCAAAACAAAAAACAAAAAACAACUUAUGAUUUGAUUUUUCAUUUAAAUGAAAUCAAUCCUAUUAGAAUCAUUCCAUUGAAAAAUCCAAGAAGAGGUCAAUGUUUUGCUACUUUGGCUGAAUUUGAUUGUAUUGAUGAUACGGGUUCGACUCUCAAAAUCACUUUAUGGGAUGAAGCUGCAACUGAACUUUCAACGGUUUGUAAAACUGGUGAUAUUAUCUUUUUAUCUUGUAUUUCACUUUCGACUUUCCGUGAUCAACUUCAAGGAAAUACUACUGAUACUACAAGAGCACAGAUUUGUUAUAGGUUAAAACCAAUCGGACCAACUGAUCUAUCUUUUUGUUAUGAUCUUAGAUUAGAUUUUGAUCCCACUACACGUCGGAUUGAUGAAUUGGUCAAAUGGGCGCGUAAUUUAUUUGAAUAUCAUCAAUUUUGA